AUGGCCUCACCCCGCAUUAUCAACCCGCAUUUUCCUCGUGGAGAGAUAAUAGAUGUCCCUGCACCCCAGGAUGUUCCGUGUUUUGACGCGGGGAUAUACCAGUCCGCUGAGAUGCCAAGCAGCCGCCAAGGGCUUGGAAGCACGUUGCCCUCCAAUACCGAGUUGCCAUAUGAUAGACAUCCCCCAUCUUACGUUUUAAGGCUGGCUUGGCGCCAGUACGACCAUGCCGAGUUAGAUUCUUCCGGACUUGGCUCAGCCGACACAGACAAGCAACAGCAAGCCGGAUGGCGCUGGGCGCGUGGCCAUUGA